AUGAGAUCAAAUAAGGGUAUUUAUCGAUUACACAAAUUUCCUGAUGUCUGUGUACACUGUUUAAAACCCCAAACGGAUGGAACUUCAUUUACUUCGAUCAUAUUCUAUCACGACGAAUUGGAAUGCACUAUCGAACAAAAGUGCGAUGAAUUUGCUGGCGAUCCGAUUGAACGAGAUGACAAUGGUGGUAUCUGUAACUUUCAACCGGAUAAAAUAUGUGAGGAAUGUUUGGAAACGUUAAUUACUUUUCAUCAGUACCAGCGGCAGAUAGAAUGUAUUCGUAAAUUCACGUGCGCGAUUGCCCAGCUGCUAAAUGGGCAUCAAAAACCGCUGGAAAAUCUGUAUCGUGAUCAAGGAAAUUAUUUGAUCAAUCGAUUGAAAAGCCUGGAUAUUUUGCAGGGUUCGGAAGAUUCUGGAACGCUAGAAAGACUAGUGGAAGAAAUUACGUUGUACCAACAAGUGAAGACCCUUCGCGAAGAAACUGAAACUACAGAUGCGAAGACCUCCGACGUGUACGAUGAUUACGAAGAUGCUUUUGAAUAUGAAAAUAAUGAUGAAUAUGAAGAUAAUGGUCAUCCUCUUGGAAAUACUGUUCAUAAAAUUUCCUCGGUCCAGAGUGUACCCACACCACAUGAUUUCCAAACACAAAAAGAGAGAAGGAAACGUCGAAAUUCGAAAAAUCAGCUAAUGGAUAGUGAAGAAGAGAAUGGAGCAAAUCAAUUGGUCUGCCCUUACAAGGAUAUCUGCAAAAAAAUCUUUUCUGGCGAAACUGAAAAGCAGCGACAUAUGCAAGAGCAGCACGGAUCUUUUGAAUGUCAUAUAUGUGGUAAUAUACUGCCUUUCUACAAUCUGUACCAACAACACAUGGAAAGCCACGCGAUUGCUCGCUCACUGCGCUUAUCGUAUAAUAGUAGGAAGGAUAAUAGCCCCACAACUUCUAAUAGCAACCAGAGCAGGAGCUCUGACAACGACAAUCAACGAAAAAAAUUCAGUUGCUAUCAAAGACAAAUGGAAAAUUCGGAUCAAAGUUACAUUUGUGGAUCGUGCUUCUGUGUAUAUCAACAUGAGCGAGAUUUCAUGAAUCAUAAAUGCAAACCGCCAGCUAACCAGGCCGAGCAGGUUAAUGUGAGGCAGUUUUCUGCCAAACAUACAUCUGCCAAGAGCGCAUCGCAAAGCAUGUACGCAGGACAUUUGGGAAAGAAUCUCGCAAGGUCGAAACAACCCCGUUAUAAUCAAGAAUUUCUCCACAUUGAGAUACUCUCGGACGCGAAUUCGUCGAUUAACGAUGAACAAAAUCUAGAAAUGGAGUCAUGA